AUGGGUUCUGUUCUAGCUGCUUCAGAUUUCGAUCCUAGUGGGAAUUACUUUGCGUCUGCUGUGACAGCAUUAGAUACACACAAGAUUAGAGUCCAAUCCACAAAUUCUACUUCUACAUUAGCCAAUGCAUUUUCAUUAGAUAAAGGUCAUAAACUUACAAGUAUAUCUUGGGGUGUACAAUCUAAUGGGUUCAACAUUGAGAAUCAAUUUUUAGCUGUUGGUUUGAAUAAAGGAUCUAUAUUGAUAUAUUCACCAUUAACUAAUGAAGUCAUAUCCAAGCUUGAAAACCCAAAUGCAUCUGCCAUCAAUGAUUUCCAUUAUUCAAGUUUGACCAACUCAGGUUGGUCUAUUGAUUUGGGCCAAAAUGUUGUUGAGUGGGAUCUAAUAUCAUAUAAACCAAAAAGACAAUUUAACAUUCAAGAAUCCAUAAACCGUAUCAGAGUUAUUGAAUAUAAUGAAAAACCACAUUUAUUGUUAGCAUCACAUAGUGUCUUGCUUGUUGAUAUAGAAACUCAAGAAGUGAUAAAGACAUUUCCUGGUCAUAUUUCACCUAUCCAUACUUUACUCCCAAUAACUUCAAACUCAUUCAUUACUGCUGCUGAAGGUGAUAGAUAUAUAAAUAUAUACCCAUUAGAAGGAGUACCAACUGUUUUGGUCACACAGAGUAAUGUUAUCUAUGUAUCAUAUGGGAAUAAUACAGUUAGUGCUGUUACUGAAGAUGGUAUAGUGGAAGUUUUCAAAGACCCAUUCACUAAAGCUCCUACAACUUCAAAGAGAAAAGGCCAACAGUCUAAACAAUCAAAUGGUAGAAUUGAACUAAAACGUCCAAACUCUUCAGACUCAUUGAAAAUUGAACACUCGUUUAUAAAUGAUGGAUCAAUCACAAUAACUUGGUUAGAACAAGCUAGUAUUCCAUACUUUGAGAAAAUCCAAAUCAAUGAUAUAACUGAAACAAAAACCGUUCUCAAGGAUAAACCAACCAUACAGGCUAAAGAUCAUAGUCUUUUCGGUCAAGAUGUUGCUGCACCAAAGUCAUAUAAUGAAAGUAAUGCUGUUGUUACAAGCGGUGACAAUUUGAAAUUUUUAGAUAAUAAAGAAACACAAGAGGAUGAACAAGAGGAUGAAGAUGAAGAAGAUGGACCAACUUUGGCUGAAAAAUUGGAAGCAUUGAAAGUUCAACAACCAGUUUCAAAGAAAAAGCAAGGAAGAGCCACAGCUGGAAGUUUGGUUGUUGUUUUGACUCAAGCAUUAAAAGCUAAUGAUCAUUCCUUAUUGGAAACUGUUUUAAGUAAUAGAGAUGAAAACGUUUUGAAAACUACUGUUCAACGUUUAGACACCUCGUUGGCCGUUACUCUAUUAGAAAGAUUAGCUGAACGUAUUGCUAGACAAACACAUCGUCAAGGUCAAUUAAACAUUUGGGUUAAAUGGGUUAUGGCUGUACAUGGUGGUUAUUUGGUUAAUGUUCCGAAUUUGUCUAAAUCAUUAUCUUCAUUGCACUCAACUUUAUCAAGAAGAGCUUCCACUUUACCAAGGUUAUUAGAACUACAAGGAAGAUUAGAUGUUUUAUACGCUCAACAAGAAAUAAGACAAGCAAAUAAAGAACAUGGUGAAGAUGAUUAUCAAGGUUCUGACGAAUCAGAUGUUGAAUAUAUUGAAGAAUUGGAGGAUGCUAACUUGAUCGAUGAUGGUGAACAAGACUUCUAUGAACAAGAUGAAGAAGGAUUUAUGAGCAUUGAUGAAUCAAGCGAGGAUGAAGAAGCCCCAGUUGCUGAUAAAUUGAAUGAUAGUGAAGUUGAUGAUGAAGCAGGUUAUAGUGACGUUGAAGUUAAUGGUAAUGGUAAAAUAGAGGAGGACAGUGAAAGUGAAGAUGAGCAAGAACAAUUGAAGAAGAGAAUUGCAAAGUUAAAGGCAAAGCAACAACGUAAGUAA